GCAGCUCGGUCCUGCGGUCAGCGCUCUGCGGUUCAGUGCGCGGCCCCUUUAAGAUUUAGGAUUUGGGAGUGACGCGGAUAUGAAAGCUAGUUUAUCCCUCUUUUCCUUCGCUAUGAAAAAUAUUUGGGCAAACUAGCGACUGCCAGCCCGAGUUAAUUAGCUAAUUAUGAUACUAGUUUGCAUUACUUGCUAAAGGAGCCAAACCCCGGAGUGCGUCGUGGUUACGACUGAUUUAUCACCCCGGGAUUAGAGCUACUUGCAGGGGCCGUCCUCCCUCCGAGCUGUGGGAUAACUUUGGAGAAGUUCUUUGUAUUCGGGAUAGUCGCACAGCUUGGCCAACAAGCUGAACAUGGACUGGGGCACAGAGCUUUGGGACCAGUAUGACACAAUUGAGAAGCAUACGCAGUCUGGCCUGGAGCUGGUGGAGAAGUACGUGAAAUUUGUGAAGGAGAGGACAGAGAUUGAGCAAAACUAUGCCAAACAACUGAGGAACCUUUCCAAGAAAUAUAACCUAAAAAGAAGCAGCAAAGAUGAACCAGAGUGCAGGUUUUCCAGCUACCAGUCUUUUUUGGACCUCCUAAAUGAGAUGAACGACUACGCGGGGCAGAGGGAGCUGAUUGCAGAGAACAUGAUGAUGAGCAUUUGCAUCGAUCUCACCAAGUACCUGCAAGAACUCAAGCAGGAACGAAAGACGUAUCUGAUGGAGGCCAAGAAGGCCCAGCAGAGUUUGGAGAGCACCUACAAGCAGCUCGACAGUAGUAAAAAGCGCUUUGAGAGGGAAUGGAGAGAAGCAGAGCGUGCAGCGCAGUAUGCAGAGAAGACCGAUCAAGACAUCAAUGCCACAAAGGCGGACGUUGAAAAAGCCAAACAGCAAGCUCAUAUGAGAGCACAUGUAGCAGAGGAGUGUAAGAACGACUACGCUGCUCAGCUUCAGAAGUACAACAAGGAGCAGAACCAGUUCUAUUUUAAUGAUAUGCCACUCAUUUUCAAUAAAUUGCAGGAUCUGGAUGAGAGGCGAGUACGGAAGUUGGCGCAAGGAUACAUCUUGUUCUCAGACACGGAAAAGCAUGUGAUGCCUAUCAUUGGCAAGUGCCUGGAAGGCAUUACUAAAGCCGGCACUAAUGUCAAUGAGAGGAAUGACUCCAUGGUUGUAAUAGAGCAGAGCAAGUCAGGCUUUGAGCGACCCGGGGAUUUGGAGUUUGAGGACUACAGCCAGGGCAUCAACAGAGCCUCGUCCGACAGCAGCCUGGGCACACCUAAAGGCCCCAUGGACCUGCUGGGAAAGAACAGGAGCAAAAACUUUUGGCUUUUCAGCAAAAGGAGUAAGCUCUCUCCCUCCACGCUCCCACCUUUCUCCACACCCCCUGCCCCCUCGCCCGCUAACGGACCCCCUUCCCCCAAGUUUGGCCGGGACCCUCUGUCGUACUGUUUGAAGGAGAUCAAUAAGACAGUCAAACCCAGAAUAUCUUCCUUCCGGACACUCAGGAGAUCGAAGUUUACUCCAGAGAGGAUCACGCCCGCAGUGACGGAGGACUUCGCUCAUCUUCCACCAGAGCAGCGCAGGAAGAGGUUACAACAGAAACUAGAGGAAAUUUGCAAAGAAUUGCAGAAAGAAGUGGAUCAGAGCGAGGCCCUGGGGAAGAUGAAAGAUGUUUAUGAGAAAAAUCCUCAAAUGGGAGACCCUGCUAGUCUGGCAUCCCAAAUCAGCCAGACAACCCAGAAUAUAGAGCGGCUCAGAGGGGAGCUCAACAAGUACGAGACUUGGCUGGCAGAGGCGGGAGGUCGAGGGGACACAAUACGCUACAAAACUCACACAUUUAACAACAACGGAGCUCAUGAUGUACACAGCCCCGACGGAGCUCACUCCGAUGAAAGCACGCCCGAUCCCUCCCAGGCCAUCUACGCCGAGUUUGACGAUGACUUUGAGGACGAGGAACUAACUGCUCCUAUUGGGAAAUGCACAGCCAUGUACAACUUCCCUGGUGCUAGUGAAGGCACCAUCGCUAUGCAGGAGGGGGAGGUGCUGGCCGUGGUGGAGGAGGACAAAGGUGACGGCUGGACCCGCGUCCGUAGGAACAACGGGGAUGAAGGAUACAUACCAACAUCUUAUGUUACCAUCUCCUUAAACGAAUGACGGAUGAGAGGAAAAAGAGGAGAAGAAAUGAUCACUUCACCAAACUGUAUACAGUUCUUCCAAUGGGACCAAUCAAAAAGGAGCCACAGCACUAUCGGCAGGACAGACUGGUGUAUCCAGAAGGGGAUCCAAAUAAGUUGCUUUGAUUUCUUGAGAGAGGUGCCUGAAAUGGGCAGAGGAAUGGUGCUAACAGUAUGUCCCAUGCGGUUAACAUUACAUUAUUGUAAUCCCAGUAACCCACGCCGCCUGAACCACAAGAUUAUUUUACCUUUUGAUAUCAUGUUACGAUGAUUUUUUUGGUUUCGGUUAAAAAGUGUUGCAUGGGUCAUCAUGGUACGAGUGUUUGCCUUGUUCCACUGCCUAAUAAGGAAUUACCUUCUGAAUGUGAGAGGAAGAAGAAGAAGAAGAAGAGACGGACGUGGAAGAUGAGUGCUGCUGCCAUCUUUACACCGAGUGUUCAUACCAGUAAUUCUUGUUUACCUUUUUGAAAACUGACCCACGGCAGUCAAACUCCACUGCUCAACCUACAACACGUGACCUGUUGCAGUUCCUCAUUUACUAGCACUUGUGAAGUUGAAUGGCACCGUCACUUUGCUCAUGGUUGGACUUGAUGUCUUGAAUGUCCCCAGGGAGGUGAGUGAGGUUUGGGGGGAGGUUGCUUCACUUUCAGCUCUCUCAUCAGGCACACAGCCAUACAAACACUUCAAUGUUCAGACAAUCACAUCCAUAUCACCAUUUCUUUCACACUAUAGCAAUAACAAGGAUAUAGCUGUUGUUUUCUAAUAGUUACAACCUGAGAAUUGUACUAAAAAUAAUUUAUUACAAAUGUGUAUGUUCUAUAAAUAAACUUUUCAAGUUUGACAAGUCGUACGUCGUAUUCAGGAUGUUCUCACGUUGCUCUUUUCCCCUUGCACACUAGUGGACAGUCUGUAGCCACAAAAGGGAGUAAAUAAUGCACACAGAGCGUGCUACAUUAAGACUAUUGUAUUUAUGUAAUAAAUAAUAUAUAUUUUAGCUAUCACAACACCACUAUUGUCUUAUUGGCUUUUUAACCAUUCAAAUAAAGAUUGUAAGAGAGAACUAAAGUCUCUAAUUAUGUUGCUAAUAAUGUUUGGAUUUACUUCACAUUUUCUCAAGUUGAUCCACAUUGUGUGAUUUUUUUUUUUUUCUUUUUAAGUUGUCAUGGAGCCAGCAGGAAGCAGUAACUGCUCACGUGUCUUUGGUGCCUUUCUGGUUAAAAGCAUUGUGUAUAUACCAUUUUUAUUUGCAUGUAAGACAUUUGUUUUUUUUCAAGACUUAAUAAAUGUAAAACACAUUUCAAAGUUAGGAGUGUUUUUUUUGUCUUUUCUGGACAAAUAAAUAUUUGAAACAAAAAUGGUGUCUGUUGGUUCAGUGAAACUCCUCCAUGUAUUUUGUGGAUUUGAGGUCUU